UCGCGGCGAUCUCUAGGAUCGCAACCCCCGCCUGUGCGUCUCUGCGACAGCUUUAGACAAUUCCUCGAUCGCGGUAGCACCCACAAGAUCGGUCAUCGUUCACGAUUCCACGAGUUUCGCUCCGGCGAAGAAACCAUACGCGGAACGGUGUUAUGAUCCCACCGAGGCAGAAGACGUUUUCGGAGCAAAAGGAGAUCGGUCGCGAAGUCAGUGUUUCGUAAGUGAUCGUGGAUUGGACGAUGAAUCGACCAGUGACAACCAGUUGUUCGAUAGAGGAUAAAGGAAAGAACGUGUGAUUUGAACGCGGAGAGAAGGCUGAAAGUGCGAUUUUAACGAUUAUACGGUGUGCGUGUAUGCUACGGUUCGCUCGACACCCGUGGGAAGCUGUACGAAUCACGGAUUAAUGCACGCCGGAAAUCACAGCAUGGAGGACAUGGUGACGGUCGCCAGUACCAGCACUCCAAGCACGAACACGGUUCAUCCCAGUGUGAACGACAUGGACUGGUUUGCCGGUGUGGCCGAGGAAGAACUGUUGUACUACACGGGCGUCGGCAACGACGUCGACUCUCUUUGGGCUGUGAUCGGAAGCUUCGUACCACCGCCUCCUAGACCACCUUAUUUACCAGAGGAGGCUGUUACCACUGACGGACUCACCACCUGUGAUUUGUGUUCGUGGGCGUGGAGGAACGACAGGCAUUCCUUUUCUCUCGACGGUACUCUCGAAGCGCCUGGAGAACUUGGAUGGGUGCUCACUCUGGUGAUUGUUUCCCUAGUGUCAGCUGGGAUCGGGGCGGUGGUCAUGGUCACCCUCCUUCACUGUCGGAGAUUGAAGAGUACCGGUGGGAGAGGUAAGAUCAGUUUCACGGAUUACAAUAAAAUGCACGUUUUUACGAUGAGUCUGGCAGCGAGCUGCUGCAGCGUCGGCGUCGAGGACUCGAACGCUCAGGAAGCCGGUGCCACAGCUGGUGGAGGCGGGUCUGGCGGUGGCGUGGCCGUUAUACCGGAUCGACCACCCUUAGAACUCGAUAAGCUACCGCCUUAUCACGACGUUGCUCCUACUCCUGGGCACAAUGUGUGGUCGUGGUUAGGCUCGCGACGUGGCGGUGGUACGCCAGGAGUCGUCACGACGCCUCUUUCUCUUCCGCAACAUAGACGGGCGAUGAAUCUUCCAGUGGAGAACCACUACACCCACAUGCAAACGGACGAAGCGCUGUACGCAGAACUGGACUCUCAGGCCGCGAGCUACGCUAGCGAUCUGCAGCUACAAAUGAGAGGAAGCUCGACAUACGGUACAACUUCCGGCGGGCAGGACGACGAGUACCACGAGUUGGACGCUGCGAGGUUACAUCGUCAUUACGGCGGAGGCAACGGGGACGGAUCUCUCCGAGGGGAUACGCUUCGAACCCGCCAUAGUAAAAGGUUACAAGAACCGGAUUACGAGAUGUACGAGAACGGGCCGUCGACUCCGGUGCCGCCGGGUCAGAUACAACAUCAUCAUCACCACCAUCACCACCACAAUCAUCACCAUCAUCAUCCGGAGUUACGGAUCGGUAGCAGGAACGGUGAACAUCCGUCGUAUCAGAACACGGCGUACACCGGAAGCGACGCUGAACCGGAUGGUCCGACGUUGAGCAGCGCACCCAGCAGCGCUUACUAUAGUGACCUUAGCUCCAAUUCCACGAACCAGCAGAUGCCUGCAGCCGCUUCGGCGACCAACACGAACCUUCAUCUAAACUCUCAGGGUCUGGAGAGUUCGCAGUAUCGAUUGGCGGCGAUUAACGAAAGUUCAGUGCCUUCGGACUACAUCUAAACGUUCAAACUGGUGAAGUGAGGAUUAGUCUGUUCGAAUGUUCCUUUAAGUUGUGACGAGGUGUUACUGGAAAGUGCGAAUGUUGGUUGUGAAUCGUUUGGAAGUGGAGCUUUCGAUGGUGCUCUAUUUAUUUUUCUACGAAGACUUGGAAGACUUUAAUGAUGUGGACUGAGGUAGUUUGAACGAAGAUGAAAUGAUGGAAGUUCAUGGGUGACUGUAGACAAAAAUUUAAUUUAAUCGAAAACUAUUGAGUCUGAUUGACGAAAGUUCUGUUCUAAUUCACUGUGGCUAUCGACGUGUUAAGAAAUAGCAGACGAAUUGCAGGAAUUUCUUUGAGGAAGCCAGUGCCAUAAUUUUCAAUUUGCAGUUCUCACAUUUCGAAUAGACUCAGAAAUUGAUACUUAUCAAACAUGCGAAUGGUGCAGUUACAGCGAAAGCGACUUCCGUCGAAUUAGCAUUCCGAAUAAACGAACAAUAAAUUUCUACGAGAUUAAUUACCCGGCAGGAAACGCUAUCACCGUAACCGCAACAUAACUUUCGUACAAAUUAAUCAAGCUCGAUGAAACAAUUAAUUGUUACGUUACGCAAGGAAACGUGCAGCUUGUAACGCGACUUCUGAACAAAUCAGAAGCCACAUUUGCAAACUGUGAACCGUGAACGAACGUCAUUAUUGUUCUGCUCUCAGGGAAUGGCCGUCCAUAGUGAAUUAGUCUUCCGGUUUAUUAGUACGAAUGUAUCUCACGUGUACGUAACUCGUGUUAUUCUGAUCUGAUGCAAUAGUGCGACUAGGAACAAUCGAGCGUUAUUUCGUGCCUUAAUAGAGCUCACUCGCGAAUGCGAGAUCGGAGAAUCGCAGAGGUAACGAAAACGAGUUUCAUAACGAGAUCGAGUGCAAUGAAGUCGUUUCGAGGAACAAGUGUUUCGUAAUUUGACGUUUCAAGACUUUCAAUAAGCACCUUUGGUAACUCUACCCUCGUAUUUCGAGCGAAAUGACUCAAGAUCAUGCUUCAACUUUUUAGCUGAAAAUAAUUUCUGGAAGUCUUCUAAAUUCCUAAUGCAAAUUUUUCAAUUUCAAUACUUCAGAUUCAUAAACUUUUAAUGUUUCAAAUUUAUAAAUAUUCAAUGUUUCGAAUAUCUGAAUGUGAAUAUCUGAAUCUUAAUUCUCGAUUUGCAAAUUAAAAAGACUUCGAUAAACGUAACACGGUGCACAGUACUAUAUUAGCGUUAGUGAGAAGCUCGUUUCGCGAUAUCGUGUGAAAGUAUUCGUCAGUGAAUCGUUAAACAGGAUUCCCGGCCUUCGUCAAGCUCAAUCGUUUAUCUUCGACCCUCGUUCACCGCUGGAAUUAAUUCGUUUCACCCGAUUCGGCAGGACUCGUUUAAUCGUCGCCGUCGUGUUCUCUUAAUUACCUUCCCUUCGGACAGUCCCGAUUGUUCCUUCGACAGAACACGAACUGGAAGAGACAUUCUACCUUGGGAUUCUCCGCAGAGUCCGCUUUUACGUCUUUCAUUUGUGUCUCACCUGCGCCAGCCUGUCCACGCGCAAUCACUGCACACCUUCCCGACUCGUAGCCACUCUUUACCGCCCUGGCUGAUACAAAUUCACCUGUUACACAUUGACUUUGAUAUUUUAACUGAAACUCUCACAUUGCAAAAUUUUGUCAGAAACUCAUGAACCCUUUGCGCGAGGUGACUCUCAGUCACCAUUUUAUUUAAUACAAUAAUUUGAAACAAGCAUUUUUUAACUGACUCUUUAAUAUGA